CAUGAUUCACAAUAUAAAAGUUCUGAAAACUGAAAAUCUAAGGAAGACAAAAUAGAUUUGGCAAUCGCAGAAGCCGGAUGACCAAGUCUACGAUGCCAUGUGGACUCUUGGAUAGCUUGAUACACAAUGGUUGGGAGUUUGGAAGGAAGUGUGUAUAACCAAUGCUCACAGAGGCCCUUGUACCGCACCUAGUUGGUAGGAUUGUCCACUAUCUGGAAAUCAUUGGCAUUAAAAACAAGGGUGCAGUUGUUAUCUUUAGUAAAUCGAUGGCCAGACAAUAGAUUGGAGGUAAGGGAAGGAACAUAAUGAAGAGUAGAAAGGUGGUAUUUACCAUUAUGCGUAUGGACAAAACCUGAGCCAGAGUGUGUGAUGGGUAGGGAUUGGCCAAUGUCACACCCCAACCCGCGCAAUCCGAACCAACGGGUUAGCGAAUCGGGUUGUUACUAAAUUGUUAUUCGCAUGCAUAAUUUUUUUUUUAAAAAAUAACAAACUGAAUAAAUUAUAAAUUCAUUCUUGAGAGUUUAAAACUAAACCAAAAUUUAUCAGAGUAAUAAAACAAGUCCAAAAGUCGUGGAAGCAUAAUAAAACCAAAGUAACGUCCAACAAUCCAUAUAUUCAAAUAAAAUAAUGUAGUUGAAUUACUAAAGUAAACAAGAGCCAUCCACGCCACCACCACUUCACUGAACUCCGGGUUGCCCAUCAAAUUCUGUGUUCCUACCUGUGUGCAGUCAAACAACAAUGACUACACGCUCAGCGAAAUGCUGAGUGAAAAAAUAUACCUAAGCCAACAUUAACUCACACAAUAGCACCACAUUAACAUACAAUCAACAACAUCAUGUGAUCACGGAGAAAAAUAGCUUAAAUAAACAUAUUUAUAUUAACACCUUUCAUUUGAGCAUCAUGUCCUUAUUUUAUUCCACAUCAACUACUUUGAGUCAUGGCAUCCCAAGCGAUGCUAUAAAAGGGCCAGCUCAGAAACCCAAAGGAGAUUCACUUUGGGCGGAUUGAAGCCCUGUCCCUACGAUGCCAGGACAGGUCCGCCUAAAUAUACUAGGUGGCCUAUUUAUCAUACAUUGUUCAUAAUCCACAUUAUUCACCAAUAAGAUUAACUUAAUUUAACAUUGGUUCACAAAUUCACAAUAAAUCACGUAGCGACCUAUCCGGGCCGAAGACCCACGAUUACCGUCAUGCAUAAUCAAACAACCCAAAUUACAAUUAACCCAACUUACCUUCGCGAAAUCGAGCCCAAGGAAUCAAUCAUUAGGCCCGCUGCCCCGCCAGAGCAGUCCACAUCGUUGCCGGAACAACCCCGGCAUCCCACGGGUAGCCGCCCCGGCUGCCCGAACCCGAAACCAGACCAAAAAGCCCCGUUGGGUGGUUCACAGCAACCCGAACAGUACAUCAAUUAACCCAAAACAGUCCAAUCACAUCCAAUUGCAAUUGAGUAGCCCAAUUGAACCCGUUUGGACCCAAUUGCGCCCAAUUAGCUCCAAUUGACCCAAUUGAACCCCCCUGACUGUCACCAACCACUGCCGGGGACCAACCGCCCCGCCGCCGGCAUUUCGCCGGAAAAACGAGCAGCAACACCCCCAAAUUAUCAAUCACACCAAUUCAAUCAUCCACAACCAACUCCUCAACCAAAUUUAAGGAUUAUGUACUAAGAAAGUCCUAAACCAUGAAUUAACACUAAAGCUAGGUAUAGAACAACGAUUCACCUCGAAAUCUGACAAGUUAAACCUUGGAUUGAACAAGGUCGCCGCUGCAAUUCCCCGAUCUCGUCGGCUCGGACGUGCGACGAAGGGAAGGAGAGGAGGAUGGAGGUCGAUGGCGAGGACUCGACGACUUCUCUGGUCGGCGUCACAGCGGCGAACGGAACAACACGGGAGAGAGAGAGCUCGGGCGUUACGCGAUAAGGGAUGGGUUUUGUAACUUCCCCGGCAUGUUUAAUAUAUAAUUAAAUAUAUUUAGGAUCCAAUU